GUCGUCGAGGCUGGAGCUGGGCAGACUCCGGAUUCCAAUUUGACGACUUCUUUCCGGUUUCGAAUCCAAUUUCUCUGCUGGUGGAAAAUUCAGUUUAGAAGGAGAUGGGUACGGUGAACCCAGUUUGGAAGAAUUGUUGGAGCAGAGGAAGCGAAUCAGGAACCCUCUUGUUCCAGUGCACUUAUGACUAUGGGGGUGCUCACUGCUGGAUUAAUCAGUUUUAGGCCAGGCAAUUCCAAGUUGGAUCAGAUGUUAAUGACAGCUACGGUGGUUGUUCAGGGGGCAACAGUGGCACUUAUGGUUUGCACAGCAUGCUACUAUGAUGGAAAUCUCUGGAAAUCGAGUAAGUUGAUCCUUAUACCCUUAAAUCAUGAUGCAUACUCACGAACAUUCAGCUAACACAUUUGCAUACUGCAACCAGGUAAAUGCCUAGCUGUUGUACAGAUUUUUAGUCAUUAAAUUAAUCUAUCCUUCGUCACAGAUUUAACAAGUAACAAACUCUUGCCUUUACCGUACACAAAACCUGAUAUGGAAGAACUCCUAUAGCUUCUUCAAUUUCCUGUGUUCUGCUGCCCAGCAGAACUUCCCACCUUUUCUUUUCCUCUCUCAGCUGAAGGGUCGGUGCAAAAUGAUAAGUUUGAGCCUAUAUUCAUUCAAACUUUAACAAUUCAGACGAAUAGACAACUUUAGUGGAAAAUCAAUGAAAUCCACUAAAUCUUCUAAAAGUCUAAACAUGCAGACCUUUUACAUCGAACUCUCACUGUUACAUGCAGCAAACAGAAUAACCAUGCAUAUCUAAUCCCAAUCUGUAAAUAGUUAAUUCGCGCAAUCUUAUCAGCUUCUAAUAUUAAGUUCUAUAAGUUCUAUUAUCUUAACAAUUAAGGCCAGAACUUCCUAGCUUAUGACAGAUAGGGAUAAUAGUUUACCCAACCAUGCAAUUAAGGACUGGUUUAUGACACUUUUGUAUUUCAAAUAUGGAAUUUUAUAAGUCUACUGUCAAUAAAAUUACCAUUCCAAG